AUGGUGUCACAUAGUGCAUAUUACGCCUGUAGAGUAUGUGAAAUGGAAGGAACGUACAAUGAACUUGAUAAUACAUGUACAUAUCCAUGGUACAUAUUCGAACAUACAAAUCCACGAUUUAGAACUAGAAAAAACUUUGAAAAAUGUUUGCAAGAAGUCGAUCAUUUAAAAUCUAUGGGAAGAAAAAAAAUAAAUGUUCGUGGUAUUAAAGAUGUAUCUCCGCUCAAUCAAUUAAUUUUCAUGCCGUCUCAAACAUUGUACGACUAUUUUCACUUAUGUUUAGAAGGUCAUACACGAGCUCUUAUUAAAGCAUGGAACGAUAUACAUGGUGGUACAAGUUUAGAAACACUUCAAGUAAUUAAUAAGUUUGAUGAAUUUUUGUCAAGUAUCAAUUAUCCACAUUCAUUACAUCGUAAAGUGAAAGAUUUUCGUCGUUUCAACAACUGGAAGGCUUCACAAUUGCGUUUAUUCUUGCUGUACUUGGCAUUACCAUUUUUAUUAUUUUUUUCGUGUUAUUUUCCUCCAUUACUAGUGUACCACUUUUCAUUGUUUUCGAUUUAUAUUCGAACAUUAUGUAAAUUCGAUGAUCGACAACAUGUAUAUGAUGUACGCCCAUUCAUUGAAAAUCAUCUUAGGAGAUUUUCGGAAUUCUAUGAAUCAAAAGAACUUCUUUCAACACAUUGUCAAUAUCAUCUCUGGGAGCAAGUGGUUCGCCAUGGUUCUUUAAGUGCAACUAGGUAUGAUUAG